AUGACCGUCAUGAUGGACAGAGCGAAUCGUGCUCUCCAUCGAUUCGCCUCUUUUCGACUUCCCCCCGAUGUUAAAGAGCGUGCUAUGAAAGAUACCGGCUGGGCCGAUGGUCUCCGAGGCAUUGCAGCAGUAUUCGUGGUUUCGUCCCAUGUUGUUAUAUGUUAUGCAAGAGCUCUUGUUCCACCCUGUUGUGCCUUUUCCAGCGAUGAGCCAUAUCUUUUUCAACGACCCAUUUUUCGCCUCGUGGCCAGCGGCCAUUCAUGGGUGGCCAUCUUUUUCAUCCUAAUGGGCUUCGUCAACGCCUUGAAGCCCAUCCAACUCGCCAGAACCGAUCAAGUCGACAAGGCCCUGCAGAAACUCGCCUCGUCAUCGUUCAGCAGGAUCUUUCGGCUCGUCCUCCCGGCGACCACUGCCACCAUUAUCUCUUGGUUCCUUUGCAAUCUGGACCUGUAUUCCAUAUCGGCACAGAGUAAUGCAUACUGGUUGUAUACGAACACUCCAGAACCCAGUUCCAGUUGGCUCGAAGCACUCUUGGACCUGUUUCACGGCCUGCGAGCGACAUGGACCUACGGCGACGAAAACAUAUAUGAUCAACCGCAAUGGGCUCUUGUGUACCUCCUCCAAGGUAGUGUCAUGAUCAUCAGCGCUUUGUCGCUUGUAGUGACCAUGACGCCUACCUGGCGCACCGUCACCUUGAUUUUCCUGGCAUAUUGGUCUCUGAAUUGGAGCCGCAUGAUUGGAGAUCCCUGGGCUGGUCUCUGCUGCUUUGUGGGCAUUGCCCUUAGUGAACUCAGCCUCUCGGAUAUCCCCAAAUUUCUAGCUCCUUACUCACCUUACAUUUCGCCACCCAUCACCUUGGUCUCUCUCGUCUUCAUGUCAUACCCAGGUUCCUACGCCGAGGCAGCAUCCUGGUCCACAUGGCUUCGCGACUUCGCGACGCAGUACUUUCCUACCGAAGCCACCGCCGCCAUUGAACGGAUGUACGGCUCUCUGGGUGGGAUUCUUCUUAUUGUUGGUAUCCUCAUAUCUCCUCACGCCCGUUGGACGUUGAGCCGCCCACUUCUUCUGUGGCUCGGGAAAAUUAGCUUUGCAAUCUAUCUCAUUCACGGCAUGUUCUUAAGGACAGUCUUCGCAUGGGCGCUACACCUGGGCCAUUCGAAGCAGAUAAUGACCGAACACACUCCAAGUGGCGAAGAGUACAAUGUCGAGCGAUACCCGUUGCCAGGGUAUUUCCAACGCGCUGUUGCGACUGUCAUCAUGGGUGCUUGUGUCGGUGUGGCAAGUCACUUCUGGAACUUGAAAUUGGAGCCGCUGUUCGCAAAAAUCACUGCCAGGCUCGAAGGAAUUGUCACCGGAAAUGUCGAGCCAGAGCCUAAGUCCAAUGGGAACACCAUUCUCCCGUUGCGCAAGGACUGA